AUGGUUUCGAUAUGCAAAAGGCAAUGUUUCUUUGCAUUCAUUCUCAUUUUGGGACUGUGGGCUUUUGAAGUAGCUUCUCGGGAGCUCCAAGAAUCGUCCAUGUCUGCCAGGCAUGAGCAAUGGAUGGCCACAUAUGGAAAGGUCUAUGUAGAUGCUGCAGAGAAAGAAAGACGGUUCAAGAUAUUCAAAGACAACGUUGAAUACAUAGAAUCAUUCAAUACUGCUGGAAACAAACCAUAUAAGCUAAGUGUUAAUAAAUUUGCAGACCAAACCAAUGAAGAGUUCAAGGGUGCUCGUAAUGGUUAUCGGAGGCCAUUUCAGACAAGACCAAUGAAAGCUACAUCAUUUAAGUAUGAAAAUGUUACUGCUGUUCCUGCUACCAUGGACUGGAGAAAGAAAGGUGCUGUUACUCCUAUCAAGGAUCAAGGCCAGUGUGGCAGUUGCUGGGCCUUUUCUACUGUGGCAGCUACUGAGGGGAUCAAUCAACUAACCACAGGUAAAUUGGUCUCCCUAUCCGAGCAAGAGCUUGUAGAUUGUGACACCCAAGGUGAGGAUCAGGGCUGUGAGGGUGGUCUCAUGGAAGAUGGUUUUGAAUUCAUAAUCAAGAACCAUGGCAUCACAACUGAAGCUAAUUACCCCUACCAGGCAGCUGAUGGGACUUGCAACUCAAAAAAGCAGGCAUCUCAUAUAGCCAAAAUAACUGGCUAUGAAAGUGUUCCUGCUAACAGUGAGGCAGAAUUGUUAAAGGCUGUGGCCAAUCAGCCAAUUUCUGUUUCCAUUGACGCAGGAGGGUCUGACUUUCAAUUCUAUUCAAGUGGUGUUUUCACAGGAGAGUGUGGAACAGAGUUGGACCACGGUGUUACAGCAGUUGGUUAUGGCGAAACCAGUGAUGGUACCAAAUAUUGGCUUGUCAAGAAUUCAUGGGGCACUAGCUGGGGUGAGGAAGGAUACAUAAGGAUGCAGAGAGACAUAGAUGCCGAAGAAGGUCUCUGUGGCAUAGCAAUGGACUCUUCUUAUCCAACUGCCUAAAUAUAUAGCCCACGGUCCAGAUCUGUGGCACAGUUCUUGUGAAAAUGCUUGUUCUCUAUCGUGUAAAAAUGCUCUGUAAGAACUCUCUGUAAAUCAUGAACUUCAAGCAAUGGAAUAUUUCUACAAAUA